AUGAACCAGCGGGUCGCGCACCACACACUCGCACUCGAGCUGCUCCACCGCCUGCUCGAAAACCCUAGCGACGACGGCGUCGAGCUCGCGGUCGCCUUCCUGACGGAAUGCGGAGCGCUCCUUCACGACCUCUCGCCGAGAGGACUGGCCGCGUGUUUCGAUCGAUUGCGCGACGUCCUGCACGAGGGGGAGAUCGACAAGCGAGUGCAGUUUCUGAUCGAAGGCAUGUUCGCAAUUCGAAAGGCAAAUUUCAGAGGUUACCGGCGGUUUACGACGGGGGUCAUCAUCUACAGCGAAUUGUGCUCUUUAAAAUCCUUUAUUUGCAAUUACUUUUGGUGA